GUAAAACAACGAUGAACUUAACACAGGUAGAUCUCAGUACAUUUCCGUGUGGGAUAUAUUUCAACAAUGACUUUUUUAUAUUUAUUUUUGUUCGGCUGAUUUGGAUUUCCUUGCAUGUGUCACCAACUAAUUGCCUGCAGAACUGUCUGAUAGCGUCAGAUCAAUAUAACACAGCUGCAGUAGCAGUGUUGUGUAGCUGUGCUCUACUGAUGACAGUGAAAAUUUAACUACCAGUUAACUCCACUCACCAUGGCAGGGUCUAUAUUAACCGCCCUGUGUUACUGCUUCAUGUGGAGUACAAUGUAUUUCACACUGUGCCUCAUUAAUUCAAAGAAAAGCUACGAGUGGCACUGUCGCACUGUGACGGCCAUUCAUGCUGCUGUGGUCACAGUAUUGAGUGGUUGGUGCGGAUUUGUCCAGGGUCCAUGGCCUUUCACACAUGCAGGUGGGCCAAGUACACCUCUUCAGCUGUUCACCACAGAGAUCUGUCUGGGAUACUUCUUAUUUGAUUUCACCUGGUGUGUUUAUUUCCGCUCUGAGGGAGCAGUAAUGCUACUUCACCACACUGUCAGUAUAAUUGGACUGACCUUUUCCAUUAUUUUGGGACAUUAUGGAACGGAAAUGAUAGCCGCAAUCUUUGGGAGCGAGGCUACCAAUCCGCUAUUACAGAUGCGAUGGUUUCUGAAGGAAUCUGGGAAAUACAACACCUUAUUAGGAGAGAUUGUAGACCAUGCUUUUGUAUUAUUGUUUGGUUUUCUACGAAUAGGAAUCGGGUCUUAUUUAUUGUAUUGUUACUUCCAACAAGAUACCGACUUCCUCGGACGUCUGUCUGGCAUCGUCCUCUAUGCAAUCAGCUGGUUGUUUUGGAUAAGUAUCAUGCAGUAUGGUAUUCGUAAGUAUCGAAAGAAGUUCCGAAAAUGGGCUGAAAUUAAAGAUGCCAAAAAAAAUGAAACAAAUGAAUCAAAGUCAUUGAAAGUGAAUGAACAAAAUGAGUUAACCAAUGGUGGCCUUUGUAACAAUAAGACAGCCAAUGACGGCCUUUCUAUCAAAUCCUUAUCUCAGACCAAGUCCAAUGGAGAUUUGAACUUCAACGUCACUGAUCACAGAACUGAAGUUGUCGCUAAUGGUGAGAUAGUUACUGCAAAUGAUGGCGCUGGAUUGUGUGACAACUCACAAAUGAACGGGGAACUACAUAGAAGGAGACCAGCUAGUCAGUCAUAAAUCUGUUACCAUUGUAAUGUGUGCAAUGUGGAUUUUUGCUCAUUUUAUUUUGAUAUUGUCAAUGGUCGUGCAGUAUAUAACAUUUAGACUUAAUUACCAAAUCUAUUGGACAAUCAACCCAUUUCUGGUAAUAAGCCCACCCUCGUCUAUUGUAGUUCAGUGUUGUAUGUAAAUUCUAACAGAUUACAUUAUUCUACAAUAAGCCCACCCCCUUCCCUGGAUCAGAGUUUUUUCGUGUUGAUUCUUAGGCUUGUUGCAGAAUAAAUACUGUAUCUUAUUUUGUAAAAUUUUUUUCCG